AUGUCUGAAUUGACUUUUGCCAAAUCAUUCCUGUCCACGUUAGACUCACGGCCUAUCAAGCUUCGCGCUGACCAUGUCUUCGACCCAGAGCAGGUUGGCCUGCGGGUUCCUUACACUCUUCCCCGCCUCUCGGCCCCGCAUCCCUCAAUGCCCAAGAAAGUGAAGUCGGCACAAGCUCCUGGCUCCUCCAAAUCCAUCAGUGUCCGUAUCAAAUCGGCCCGGAACCCGGUCUUGGAGUUCGCUAUCCCCAACGCACCCUUGUCCACCACCUCAGUCCAGGACAUUCGUGAUGCUGUGCAAAGUCGCAUCACCGAUACACAAGGAGGCCAAGUUCAGCUUGAAAAGAUUAAGAUCCUCUAUAAGCGAAAGCCAGUUACCGGGACCGGGAAGACACUCGCAGAAUUGCUAGUAGAUGAGCCCGCAAUCCUGGCCGGGGGUAAAGAAGUUGAGAUCGGGAUCAUGGUUAUUGGCGGUGCUCAGGCAGUUGAAACUUCCGUGUCGCAGCCGGAGGUCGCAGAGAAGCAAGAUGAGUCUCCCCCUAAGCCUGCCGUAGGACCGAGUGGCGCGGAGGUGCUGCAGACGGAGACGUUCUGGGAUGACUUGCAGGGUUAUCUUGAACAGCGCUUGAAGGAUGAGGGUGAAGCACAACGCCUGAAGUCGCUCUUUAAAGAUGCAUGGAAGUCUGCGAAAUAG